CACGAACUCGACACCAAUCACUUAUUUCUCUCACCCACAGGGGCUGCAAUCCCCCUCACAAGCUUCUACCAAGCCUUUGGGGAUCUUUACCUAUCUCGCUAACUAAGAGGCUUAAGCGAGUUCGAUGGACUCUUGCGAAUGUUCUAUCGCUACCCAGUACUUAAAGGGCGAAGUGUCCCAUGCCCCUAGAGAUACACACGAGUCCAACAUCCUGGCUGUGAACACAAAAAGAAGACAAUUGACAACAUAACAUACCCGCUUACGCCGAAUUCACCUGUUCCAACCACUGAAUCCUGCUAUAUCCUCUUUCGCGAUCUCAUCCACGGGAUAUAGAAGAAUCGCCGUACGAAACAAUGUCCUCAAACACGACCAAGCCCAACAAAUCCGAAGAAACCCUGAUCUCCAAGAUCUUCCGCAGAAAGUCUGGCGCCAAAGUCGACCUGUCCGAUGCCGCUUCGAUGACAUCCACAGCGCCGCUGGUCAAACCGGAUGCUGCUGCUGGUAGCUCAGGCUUGAGAACGACGUCGAACGAGGAGCAGACGGCGUUCAACGGCCUCAUGGACAGAGCCAAGACAAUGAGUCCAGAGGAGUUCAAGGCGUAUCUACGCCAGCACAAGGAAGACGUCGAGACCAUGUACCGGAGACAGGGCGGUGGAAUCACGGGAGGAGACUGGAUUUAUCGCGAUCCCACAGUCCUUGGUCCGCUAUAAUUUGGCAGUUGUCACUUGGGAUAUUGCUGUUUGCCCGCAUUUGUUCUUAGGCUGGCUGGGGCCUUUCUUUCUAGCACAGGACUGCGACUUGAAACAAGAGCGUCGGCCUCGAGACAUCCCCGCAUUGUGCAAUGCGUGGGCCUCAUUAGGAGGAAUUGUGUGAGAUAUACGGAGUACAGCAGCAGAAAUAUGAAGUCAUGUCAC